AUGGCGACUGUGGUACCACCAGUUACCCAGGAUUCAACAGGGUCAAAAGGCCCUACUGCAAUGGUUUUUCUAAAUAUGGGUGGGCCUUCCACUACAGAUGAGGUCGGGGAUUUCUUGAGCAGGCUAUUUGCAGAUGGUGACUUGAUACCGCUUGGAAGGUUACAGUCUUACCUUGGCCCUCUUAUUUCACGACGUCGAACUCCGAAGAUCCAGAAACAAUACGCCGAUAUUGGGGGCGGCUCUCCAAUUCGGAAGUGGUCAGAGUACCAGUGCUCUGAAAUGUGCAAAAUACUUGACAAGAUAUCGCCAGAGACGGCACCACAUAAGCCGUACGUGGCAUUUAGAUAUGCUGCACCAUUGACAGAGGAGAUGUACACACAGCUGCUCAAUGAUGGGUUCGGAAAAGGCAAAGGUGGACGGGCUGUUGCAUUCACACAGUAUCCUCAGUACUCCUGUUCGACUACGGGCAGUUCUCUCAAUGACCUCUGGAGAUGGAAAAACAAACUAGAGGGAAGACGCGGCGCUGAAGGGUCGGAAGAUGUCAGCGGGAAUAUUCAAUGGAGUGUUAUUGACAGGUGGCCUACACAUCCAGGGUUGAUCGAGGCGUUCGCGCAAAAUAUCGAAGCACAACUAGUCACGUACCCUGAGGAUAAGCGUGACAAUGUUGUCCUUCUUUUCUCAGCUCAUAGUCUACCGAUGACCGUUGUCAACAGAGGUGACCCAUAUCCUGCUGAGGUAGCCGCAACAGUAUAUGCCGUUAUGCAAAGAUUAAAGUUCUCUAACCCUUACCGACUAUGCUGGCAAUCUCAAGUCGGACCCCAAGCCUGGCUCGGGGCCCAGACCAGUGAUACGGUUCAGAACUAUGUCAGUCGCGGGCAGACUGAUCUGCUGCUGAUCCCAAUCGCAUUUACCAGUGACCACAUAGAGACUCUCUACGAACUAGACAAGGAGGUUAUUCAUGAAGCAAAUAAUCCGGGUGUUAAACGAGUGGAGAGCCUCAACGGGAAUCCCGUCUUCAUUCAAGGAUUAGCAGACCUGGCAGCAGAGCAUCUCCGAAGCGGCGCAAAGUGUACGCACCAGAUGAUGCUCCGAUGCCAAAACUGCACGAGUGAAAGGUGCCUAGAGCAGAAGAAGUUCUUCGCUGGCCCAGAGGGCCGCGAUCUCGUACGAUGA